CCACCGUUCCCUCCCUUGGGGAAGCAGAGACAUCAUCAGGAUUUCAGCCAUGGGAUUCAUAUGGGCAGAGCUUCUUGUUCUCCGACUAUGCAGCCGCCGGCUCCUCCUCUUCUUGCUUCUCUGCCAGUAGCUGCGAUGGAGCCGGUGGUUAAGAAGAAGCGUGGAAGCCCGACGAAGUAUGUGCCUGAUAACAAGAUUGAUCUCGGCCGACGAUCUAUUAUAAACGAUUUAUACGACGACUGGAAAGUUUGUCGAUUCGUCUCUGGCUUCUCCGGCACUGCCUCGGGCGAUGAGAUCCCCUUGUGCGACGCCAACAUCAUCUCGAUAACUUUUAUGAUUCUCCAUUUAACCUUGAGAUUACGAUUUUCCAAUUGUUUUGAUACCUCCUUCAUUUUCUUCGGAUGUUUGAUUUUCUUUCGUGUUUAUCUGAAAGAGCUUGCAGAAGCCCAGAAAGGCCAAGAUGAAGGGCUUGAGAAGAAAUGCAUCAUGCGCCAAUCGUGGGCUCUUGUUCAUUCAAAGAUACCCGCGGAUAUACAGCGUGGGAUAGCUAUGCUUGAAGAUAAAUAA